AUGAGCCUUUUCCAGCAAUAUGAGAACCCCAUGAUAAGCUUCCAAUGCUGCGGCUGCUACACCGUCCCGUUCUUCGAGGAGUGCUUUGCCAUGGAGCUGGUGGCCGUGAAGAUUGUGAUUGGUGAGAUGGGCCUGCGGAUUGUGGAGACCAUGAUCACAUUCGUGCGCACUCUGGACAUGGCCAAGGAUGUCAAUAGGCUGCUGGAGAUGAUUGGCUUGAAUUGUGGAGGGGAUGGGCUGAAGGUGAACAUGAUGGCUGAACUGCCUGGCCGAGGUGUUCCUGAGCUACUUUCCUGGCUUCUCCAUGGCAACCAGCGACCUCACACAGCCCUCAAAUGUGGAACAGUACGUUUGCCACCUCCUGCACAGGUGACUGUUCCUUUUUGCUAA